GGCCGAGCACGCGCCGCUUGACGUGAUGUAAACAAUGGAGGGUUUCCCGUGGCGCAAUGACGGCGUCGUGAAAUAACGUCUUUUUAUGUAAUCGCUCCGAACUCGCCACGUCGGUCAUGACUGCAGCGACGAUACAACGCAACGAAGGAAGUGAUGACUUCCGGCUGCUGGGUGGUACUUCGUCACAGACGCAUCGCACACACAGCUUCCCUUCCUGACACACGGCGCAGCAGCUUCGCACAGCAGGGGUUGCUGGUUGCCAGAUACUGGCAUCGUUAUGUCGGGUCAAAGCAGGCCCGCCAGCACCGGGGACAAUCGACUGCAGCUGCCGGAGCAGGACCAAGAAUCAUCAAGAGUCAAACAGUUUUCUCCCGGUCACGUUCGUAAACUAGGCUUGACGAGGAAACAACGAGAGAGGAGGUACUUCAAAGACGAUGAAAACCCAGAGGAGAAGGCGCGGAGGCACAAGGAGCAGGAGCUCAAGCCCCUGUACAAGGAGCUGCUGUACACCAUCGCUCACACCAUGGGGAAACCGGCGGCCACCGAGGCCUUCACGGACGAGCAGCUGCGCCAGUACAUCAGGGAGGCGUUCACCAUGACCGAGUCGGAGCACAGCGAUCUGCUGGAGAGGGCCAAGAGCACAGAGCCUCCAGUGUAUUGCCUGAUGGUCACUGUGAAGGAAGCGAAGGGAAUCCUGGGAAAAGACGUCAGUGGCUUUAGUGACCCGUACUGCCUGCUGACCAUCCUGGAGGACGAAGAGACCAAUCAAACACACCGGUCCAGAGUCAAACCCUCUAAACAUGUUGUAAAAGACACCGCGUCACGUGACAAAUUCUACCAGACCGACGUGAAGAAGCAGACUCUCAACCCUAUAUGGAACCAGACCUUCAUACUAGAGUUUGGAAACCUGGCGGGGGCCAGCUUCCACCUGGAGAUGUGGGAUAAGGACGAAGAGGUGCCGUUCACUCAGAAACUGGAGGAGUUUAAAACCAACUUGACCAACAUAAAAAGGAUGAUCAAGGAGGCCAAAAAGGAGAAAGGCACGGAUGACUUUUUGGGAAACAUCAUCCUAAAACUACAGGAUCUCCACUGCGCCGAGGACAACUGGUACGAAUUGCAGCCCAGAACAGAGACGUAUCCCGAUCGAGGCCAGUGCCACCUGAAUCUCAAGUUCAUACACAAAGCAAGAGACGGCACGCUGAGCGCCGGGCGCAACGCUUACACCAACUACAGCGGGAUUCUGCAGCAGUUCGUCCACGCCUACAUCACCAAGGAGCAGAGCUCCGCGCCGUGGAAGGGCGCCUUGUGCGGCGAGGCUCAGACUCUGCUGGAGCUCUACGCCACGCAGAACGACCUCUCGCCUUUCCUCCAGGACCUGGCGAAGUGGGUGGCGUACAGCAAGCUGUACCAGAGCCUGGAGGUGGACUCGUCCGUGCUGCUCCAGCAGGUCACCAGUAUAGAGUACCACUGGCAUCAGCAGCAGCUGCCCUACCAGCAGAAACAGGAACUUGGGGACUCUCUUCAUGAUUUCCUGCAGUACGGACUGUGCUUAGUGGCCAAAUACAGAGACAUCUUCCCGGCGACUUCCAGUGCGACACCCAAGCUCCGUGCUCUACUCAGAAUCUUGGUCCAGAUUUGUAAGACGCAGGCCUUUCAGAAACUGAACCCGGCUCAGUUCGAGUUGCACGACGAGCUCUGCGAUGCCAUACAGACAGGUACACAGGAGUGGUUUACUAUCCAGAAGGGCCUGCAUCAGCCAAUGACCAAGGACCUGUCAGAGAUCAUUAGCGCCCUCUCCAGGCUGAUUCAGGAGGUGCAGAAAGACGUCAAAAACAACAAAGAAGUGUGGAACAGGGUGUUUGUCAGUGUCGUGCAACUCGACGUGUUCACCAUCGUCUAUCACAGACUCGAUUCGCUGCUGGCGAAAGAGUUGAGGGAGACCUUAUCCAUGAUGGAGGGUCAGAUCGAGCAGCCUCUGGCCAACAGCCUGUUCCCCGUUUACCUGAGCCUGCAGGCCAUUCACAAGGACAAGGCCUUUUUACAGAAAAGAGGUCUACUGGAGCUGACAAACUUCCACGAGAGCUUCAGAGAGGCUCUGCCUUAUUGGCUCAACCAGGCAUUCAGCACCACUCAGGACAGGGUGGAGAGGGCCGUGCAGGUGGAUGAGCUCCAGCCCCUGCAGAGCGGUGCCGUGCCAAUAAAACACAGCUCUUCGGCGGUGGACCUGGUGGCCUGCAUCCAGCCCAUCUGCCAGCUGUGGGAACAGCUGUCCUGGCCUGACCCUGAGGAGGCCUUCAUGCUCAUGGUCAAGAUCACAGAGGACGUGUGUAAGAUCGUGGUGAACUACUGUCACAUCCUGAAGGAGCGCGUCCGGGUGCUGUCUGAGAACUGUGACCCCGGCACCGCCAUCAACAUGCUGUGUGUGGUGGUGAACGACCUGGAGCACCUGAGGUCGGUCCUGACCCGACUGCCCACGCAGCUCAACUGGGCGGGGCUCCGGGACCGGACCCAGAGCGUCAUAGGCGACAGCCAGUUCCAGAACACGCUGCCGUCACAGCUCCAGCAGUCGCAGGGCAUCCUCGGCAGAGAGAUCCGCUCGGCUCUAGACACGCUGGGGAGGAAGCUGAAUACAGACAUCGAGGCUCACGUCAGGAGCAUGUCAACCAGGCGAAGGCUUCCCUCCAAGUCCAAAGAGGAUGCUGCAGCGCCUCUGAUGCGCUACCUGGAGCAGGAGCUGCAGUACAUGAACGAGAACCUGGUUCAGGAGAACUUCAACUGCCUCCUCACUCCGCUGUGGAACAACUCGGUGAAGUUCCUCUACCAGGUGGCGACGCAACAUCCGCAGCAGGACGGGCUCAUGGUGUUCUGCCAGCGGCUGCUCUACACGCUGCAGUGCCUCGAGCAGUGCUUCUACGCCGAGGGGAACGGCCUCGCUCUGAGCUCGCUGCACUCCGCCGACUACAACAUUCUCAAAGCUCACCUGACUCACAACUCUCUGAGCAACCGGGAGCUGGUGCAGAAGUUCUACGACAGGAAGGUGAAGGAGCAGAAUGUUUACAGCGGGGAGAAAUACGGCGCCGUCACCCUCCUCACAUCCUACAAGAGAUCAGACCAGAGACUCAGGGUUGAGGUGCUGAAUGCAGUCAACCUUUUACCGAUGGACUCUAACGGCUUCAGCGAUCCCUUUGUGCAGCUGUGUCUGGAGCCGAACCACAUCUUUCCUGAGGUAGAGCCUCGCUGCACACAGAUCAAAGACUGUGACCUCAAUCCUCUGUUCGACGAGGCUUUUGAAUUUAUGGUCUCUCUGGAACAGUGCAAGGCCGAAGGAGCUUGUCUGGUGGUGACGGUUCUGGACCACGACACCCUGCGAGCAGAUGAUUUCGAAGGCGAGGCCUUCCUGGGGCUCAGGGCGAUACCAGGAGUGGGUGGAGGAAUAGAGGACGAAGCAAUCAACUCCCAGCUGGACACCACCCCGGCUCAGAUACGGCUGCCGCUGAUGCAUCCUAAACCCAACGAGGACAGCAUUUUGAGGCUACUGGAGUCUAGAAAAGGAGAGCGGGAGACUCAGGCCUUCGUAAAGAAGCGACGACAAAGAGAGAAACAGUCACAAGAGGGGAUUCAACCGUAAGAAACAUUCAGAAACGAGUUCUUCCUCCAAAAAUAUACAAUUUGUUUUAAUGAUCUGUACCAAAAAACAAAGAGAAAUCCACUCAGAAGAAAACACUGAUGCUGGAUGAGCCGUGUGUGGACAAUACACAGAGUGUGGGUUUUCACCACAGACCAUUACAGUGAUCAUGAUACAUGUUCACACCUGCGUUUUAAAAUGUUAAACACCUUUUACACGUCUGCUUCCUGAUGCUUUGUCUAAUCGGCGACAUCAUGCACAUGUUUACACUGUCGAAUGUCCAAGUUUUUUUACUACAAAUGUAAAAACUCUGGCAUAGAAACCUUUCACACGUUGAUUUCAAACAAAGCACAAGGGCCAGUUUCAAGGAAAAUAAUAAAAAAAAAUGUGUUGUUGAGUUUAAGUAAAAAUGAAAAAUGAUGUUAUUUCAAAGACUACACGCGUUGACUUUGUACACUAGCCUUGAUUGUGUUAACAUGCGUUCCUCUUGUAGGUUAUACUGAAGAACCUUAGAGAAAACCUGAGUUUUAACAGAGGCCAUCUGUUUGAAAUUUAAACAAAUACUACACACUUUUUAAAUACAUUUGAAUAUUGGCUAUUUGAAAUAUAUUUAGCUAAAAAAGACUAAACAGAAAGUCUAAAUUAGAGAACAAAUUCAGUAUAUUCUAGCAAAGCGCUACCAGUGGACUGGUAUAAUGGCCCCAAUUUGGCUGUAGCAAAGGUUGGAUGAAUUAAAUAUGCCCUUUAAAUGUUUAUAGAGGUGUUAAGUUUGCUCCUCGCCCUCUGAAUAAAAACCUGCCAAAUCUG